UAUGGCGGAGGAAGAUCAGGAAGAAAGUUGGCCAGAAUUUUUUGAAAACAAUCGUCUCAUUCCUCUUCAUCCGAAUCGACGGAAAUCGGGAUCUCAGUCCAAGCCUAGUGUUCCAUUUCGUCUCGUUUUCAAGUCGGUGAUUGGUAUAUCUCUACCACAAGUUUAUGAUGUUGUUUCCCAAGAUGUAGAAUUUCAGUUGCGAUUGACACUGUAUGAUGCAGCUAAUAAAUCUUUCUUUGGAAGCACAUGGCUUGGACACUUUUUUCCAAGUAGUGGGAAAGAAAAUGGCAGGCACAAAAUUGUCUUCAAUGAGGCAGUAUAUCUUUACUCCUCUUUACAUGACAUCACGUGUGUUGGGGUGGUUGAAGUCAUUGGGGAAGUGAAUGGUCAAAGUUUUGGUUGUGGAUGGACAUUAAUAAGAAUUUUUGACAGACUCUCUGAAUUAUCUGAAACAACUACAGGCGAAUCCACUCCAAAAAGCAUUCCUUUGUACCAUGGGUCACCUGCUGGCCUGUUGUGUAUCUCUGAAACAAUUGAAGAAGCACCCAGUCUGCUUCCCAUAGAGGCAUGCACCUUGAGUUUUGUUCUUCAAAUCCAUCCACCUAUGGAAAAAGUUUUUCACCUGAUUCCUGAAAAUGCUUUAAUGAGUGGUGACGACUUUGUGCCAGGAAUUCUGCAGCCACGACCAGAAGGGUCUGGAAUAGUAGAUAUAUUGAAGAAACCCAGGUUGGCCAAAACUACACCAAGUUUCAUUAAUAAGCUGAGUAUUAUGCUGUAUCCAUCAGUUGAAGAGUUUGAAGAUGAACUACGGCAAACACUCAAUCAGGAUAGGCUGCACAAGAACAAUAUUAUUCCUGAUGAUGGACUGCAGAUUUCAGUUGUGGAGAGAAGACUUAAGGUCUCAGUACACAAUGGGUGGACAUUUGUAAGUGAACCUCACAUAGUAUACCUUGAACCAGAGUAUGAAGGUGGCAAAUCAGGAAGAAAAUCACCUGCUUCACAGUCAUCUUUAAGAGGAAAAAUCCUCUCUUUGGCCCUUCGGAGUCGACUGGAACUGAAAGAGCUUGUUCAUCAUCCAUUGUUUGCUAUUAUCUUUGAACUAGAAUAUGUUCUGGCUGAACCAUUUGCUCAGCCACUUAUUGAAACCAAACGUAAAAAGCCUUCUCUGUCUGGCAGCCUGAUGCGGUCCCAAAACCAGACUGUAACACUGAAGUGGGCUUUGUGGCUUCCAUUUGAGGGUGGAAGCCCUGAAGAGAGGGAGACCUCACUGGAACUUACUGGAGGCUGUGAAGGUUUCCCCAGUGACAGGCUGGUGUUUACUAAAAAACUACCACAACCUCCAGGGAAAAAGGCACCCAAGUCUGGUGGGAUUGUAAAAUUCCUGUUCACCCAGCAGCGACGAAGAGGAAGCAGUUUGCGCUCCUCAACUCAUGGAUCUCAGAUGCUUUCGGUGCCAUCCUCCCCUGGCCUUCCCUCCCAAGGCCCCUUUGAUACUGCAGGAAGAAUGUUUGGUCCUGUCAGCAGUAACCCAGAGGGUGGACAUCAAGGAAUGUCACUGACACCUGGUGUGGCAUCAAGACCUCCGCUUCCACCAGGAAACAGAACUACUUCUGGCUCCAGUGUCUCUCCAAUCUUUAUCCUGCAGUUCACUUCGUCUGGUAUGCGUCCCAGCGCACCUGACCCAGUGGUCCACCUGUCUGAGUUACCGCAUAGCGCUGCACACUCUCCUCUAAUCCUGACUGGACCAGGGACAAGCCCUGCCAGUGCACCCUCAACAAUGACCCGUGCCGCUUAUGCACGCCUGUCUAGUGCUGGAUUUCCGACCAUUACUGAUCGCCGUGGUAACCCUCCACAAGUGAUUGAUCCCAGAGAGGAAUUGCGUCUACAUUUAGAUACUGAAGCUGUCGAUCAACUUCUGAGCAAUGAGAUUGUCAUCCAGUUUCUCGCUCUGUCAAGAUGCUAUAACAGAAGCGCUUUCUUCUCAUUUCAAUUUUACCGAUUUCCCCAAGUUACCACUGAAAGAGUCUACCUUAAAGACAUUGAUGGUCAGUCUGUGGGGAUUCCUUGUGUGCUUCAAAAAUUCAACAAAGACGGCUUUCCCUCCGACGAAUCUCCAGGCCUAACGUUGCGUUAUAUGUUGGACCCUUCCUAUAUGCAGCCAGGAGAAGGCCGUGUGUUCAGUCAGUACUUGCUGAGCCAAUCAUUGCAUAUUGAUGUGUGGGAUGGUGACUCACUUCUCCUCAUUGGUUCGACUGGUUUCAAGCUUAAGAAUUUACUACGUCAAGGUCGUGAAGCUGUAGUGGUGGCGCAUGAAUUGGAUGUGGUUUCCACCGAAUUUUCGGAAGAAGCAGCCAUGCAAAGUGGCGACAUGACUCGAACUGGUACAGCUCGCCCAUUUGGUAUCAAGUCUGCAGUAGAAGCCAAACUGCAUGUGCGAGUCGCAAACAUUGGCCAUACCAGUGAAGGACCGAAAGGAAAGCUGGGAACUGUUCCCAAGAAACUCUCCACUGUUGUGAUAUCAGAAACUGUAACAGAAACAGGAGCAGCUAACACACCGACUGGAAACAAAAGUACUAAAAUCAAGGCCAAGCAAAUGGCAGAAUGUGACGCAGAACUUUCCGCUGUGUUGUUCAGCAGGCAGGAAAAGAUAACCAAAGAUGAUCAGCCAGUCAGAGAAGCUGAUGCUAUAAGAAAAAGAAAACUUGAAAGAAUGCAGGCGGUUCGGCAGACCCAAGGUGCUGAUACCUCUACGGGCAAUUUAAUUAUUCAAAAAGAAGAGAAACUACAAAGAACACGAGACCUCAAAACCAUUCAGCUUUACAGAGAGAAGCUCAGACAUGAGAAGAUCCUUGCUUCGUUGGCGGGUAACAUCACGACCAGCCACACAAUCUACCCGUCAUUCGGUAGAGCAGAGUUUUUCGAGUUUGUACUGAGAAAUCCUUACUCCACUGACCAGACAGUUACCAUUCACUGCGACGACAACGAACUCAAAGUUAUAACAGACACAAGAGAAUGGAGACACUUUAAGAGGAAAACAGAGACGCGUUCAGGUGACUGCGGAAGCUUUUUAUCAUUCGACCAUGUAAUUUUGAUUCAUCUAAGCCUACAUUUGCCUCGAUUGGGUCCAUCACACCCGCUAAAACAGCAGGCUCAGACCUAUCUAAAGACCAGCAUAUCAGAGGAAAAUAGCCUAAAACCACGCCAGAUUAAGGUGUCAUUCAGGAACAAGGAGGAGCGUCCAAUAGCUAUUCUGACCCUUCAGGUUGAACCUCGACCCCAUGUGAUAGACAGAACAUUCAGGUUCUACCACGCAGAACAGUCUUUCUUAAAAAAGACCAUCAGGUUACCCCCCUGGCGAUCACUACCAGGCGCACCGGUAAUGGACGACAACACGCAACCUCAAGUUCACGUACGCUGCAGCGAUGUGAAUACUGUUUGUGAAGCUAGAAAGAUGCCGUCAGGUGAACCUCAGGACGUUUUCUUCAAGAUCGCAUGUGGACCCUCUCCAUCUGUUAAGCGGCUUUUCGUUCUCCUAUUCAUAGAUCCUUUCCUCGCGGAGCCUUGUCAGACAUGGCAGCUAUAUGUCCAUUCAUUACAAAGAAUCGACAUGACCGCGCUCCUAGGUCAGAGCAGUCGCCUGUCUGUGAUUUUACGAGGAACUCAGUCCAGUCGUCUUGUGCAGUGUUUCUCAUCUCACCCCGAGGAAUUACAGGUCAAGCCCACCGAUCCAAUCAUGUUAAUGGCUAACGCUGUUCAUGAAGUCCAUCUGACGAUACGACCCUAUGCAUCCGGGAGCAUGCGCUAUAUGUAUGUCAACGUGGUUGAUGUGGAAUUUCAUCAACUUGUGAGAACUUGGCUCGUGUGUGCCUCUUGUCAAAUGCCUGUCAUUUCUAAAUCGUUUGAACUGCAGAUACAAGUUGGCGGUGGAAAGGGUUCGAACAAGCGUGUAUCAUUCACCAAUCCUUAUCCUACCAAGAAGACGUUCCAUCUGAAAACUAACAGGCCAGACAUGCUACAGUUCAAAGAGAGCAUCAUUGAGGUUGGUACCGGAGAAUCACACAGUAUUGGGCUUCGCUUCACUCCUCAACAGUUCCCGGGAAAAUCUGAAAUUCUCAUCUUCAUCAAUGACUCGGAAGACAAAAAUGAAGAAACUUUUAGCAUCAACGCCGUUUAUACGUAACACUCCGCAUGUUCGAGACUGGCUGCUAAGAAAGCUUUUGAGACGGAACACAUCGUGGUUUUCUUACUUUAUCAACUGCUUUCUCACAGGCUCCACAAGAAACGUCUAUUUUAUUAUGAAAUGCCCCCAGGUGAAGAUAGGAGACGCGUCAAUUUUAGAACUGAUAAGAUACGUAUUUUACUUUGAAUUAUUUGAACUCGAAAAUAUUUAUUAAUAAAGUAAACUUAAUUGAAA